AUGGAAACGAUGCACACCGAAACUCAAGAAUAUAUAAACGGCAUGGCGCCAGGACCCUUGACGAGGGAGAUACCUGAAUGUAUGAGGAAUAAAUACACAUUGAUUCAAUCGAUUUUCGACCUUACUGUAACGCUUCUCACAGCCAUUGGAUAUCUAAUUCAAGGGAUAUAUAGAUCGCUUUUCAGACGGACUAAGAAAGAUUUGAAGGGUCAAAUCGCCUUGAUAACCGGAGGUGGUGGCGGACUAGGAAGCCUUAUAGCCUUGAGGCUAGCAAGGCUAGGAUGUGUCGUCGUUCUUUGGGAUAUAAAUAAGCAAGGACUGGAAGACACCGUGAAGUUGGUCAAAGGCAUUGGCGGGAAAUGCUUCGGUUACGUAGUUGACUUAGCCGCACGUGAAGACAUCUAUCGUGUUGCAGAUCAAGUUAAAAGAGAAGUCGGAUGUGUUUCGCUUCUGGUGAAUAACGCUGGCGUCGUAUCCGGCCAGUUGCUUCUAGACACACCUGAUCAUCUUAUCCAGAGAACCUUUGACGUCAACAUUAUUGCGCAUUUCUGGACGGUCAAAGCCUUCAUCCCAGACAUGAUUGAGAGUAACAACGGCCAUAUUGUCACGAUAGCAUCAAUGGCAGGCCACGUUGGUGUACCGAAGCUGGUCGACUACUGUGCUUCCAAAUCUGCCGCAUGCGGGUUCCACGAAGCCUUGAAAGUUGAACUCGAGUCGAAAGGAGUAGACGGAGUCCACACUUCGUUGAUAUGCCCAUACUUCAUACGUGCUACUGGAAUGUUCGAAGAAGUUCAGUCUAGGAUCGUUCCUCAGCUGAAUUCUAACGACGUGGCAGAUAGAGUAGUUUACGCCAUUCGUACAAAUGAGAAUGUUGCAGUGAUACCCAGUUAUCUUCGGAUUUUGUUACCGUUCAAAUGGAUCGUGCCAUGGGCCAGUGUAUCUGAGAUUAUUCGCAGCAUGGUAACUGACGCCAUGCCCGGAUCUCCAGUACCUCAAGCAGAUCGGAAGAUGCAAGCAGAUGUUCCCAAAAUAAACGGCAAAGUGGAGUCCCGGCCAAUGACCUUGAUACCGCCGGCACGACACGACCGUCACGUUUGA